UGUGAAUUAUUUGCAACACAAUGAACAUAUUAUGAAUGUUUUAUUUUAUGCAAUUCACAUAAACAAAACUGGAAUCCUGAAACUGCCAAACACACCUGAAAAUCAAUACAUCAUUAACGUGAUCAAAUCUACUGCUUUUUGUGGUUAUCUGCCUUGCUCGCUUGCCAUGGUUUAUUCACAAUGUGCAGUAAGUGUUUACCCCUCAGGGUGGAUGGGGGUGUUGCGCAGAAUGACUUCCUGCUUCAGAUGAUCGCCACACUGACAGGGAAGACUCUUGAGAGACCCAAGUCCAUCGACGUGUCUGCUUUAGGCUGUGCUUUUCUUGCAGGAAUGGGAGCAGGCAUAUGGAAGUCGAGGGAGGAGCUUAUCCCACUACACCAGGUAGGAAGGACGUUUGAACCACAAUUGGACCAGCAGCCAAAGCUCCUGCGACAGAUGAAGGAGUGGGAGAGAGCUCUGCAGCGCUUCACAAAAUGGCACAAGAAUAGCAGCUCAGAGAAUGGUGUAAGGGACGAGGGUAGGAAGGUAGCUGUGGACAGUGGAGAAGCCUGCCCCUGCUACAAGGGUCACAGAGGCAGGCACUUCAGCAGUGAAUGCAAUGCAUCUAUCCUUCAGCAGGGGAAGAGCCAAGAGGAUGGAUUUUUUUUCCUCCGUGGUGGUGGCAAGAAUAGAUGCAGCAUCUUUGUCUGUGGUGCGCUGUUCAUCCUCUUUCUUAGUCUUGUUUUGUAUGGGUAGCAGCAAGGUCAGACUGUCAUGAUGGAGGAUGUUUUUUUAUUUUUGAGAUUUUACUAGAAGUUUAGACACACUCACACUCACACUCACACUCACACUCUCUCUCACACACACUCCACACACACACACACACA